CGGCCAUUUUGUCUCUGGGCGCAAGUGUUGUCCCCCCCCCCCCCUCCACCCGGAAGCGGAAGUUUGACACGUUUCCUCCACUUCCGGCUGCGGCGGGGCUAGUACGGUGUCUUCCGUUGGAGGCAACGGCCGCGACAAAGGCGCGAUGGACAGCGAGUUCUCGGACGCGGAGGCGGGCCCGGGCGGGGAGGAGAACGCCCCGGUGUAUUGCGUGUGCCGUAAACCCGACAUUAACUGCUUCAUGAUCGGCUGCGACAACUGCAACGAGUGGUUCCAUGGCGACUGCAUCAACAUCACCGAGAAAAUGGCCAAGGCUAUCCGGGAGUGGUACUGCCUGCAGUGCCGAGAGAAGGACCCUACCCUGGAGAUCCGUUACCGGCACAAGAAGUGGCGGGAGAAGGAGCGGGAACAUGAGAGCGCCAAGGCCCAGGAGCUGGCACUAGAGCAGGGACGGGCUGCCAAGAUCAAGCGGUCGGCACGCAUGUGUGGCGAGUGCGAGGCGUGCCGGCGCCCCGAGGACUGCGGGCAGUGCGACUUUUGCCGUGACAUGAAGAAGUUCGGGGGCCCCAACAAGAUCCGGCAGAAGUGCCGCCUGCGGCAGUGCCAGUUGCGUGCACGGGAGUCCUACAAGUACUUCCCCACCUCGGAGCUCUGCACUGGCACCUUCGACGAGCACGGCCUGCCGUGGCUCAGUGACCCUGAGGACGCCCCGUUCCUCGACCCCGUCCUGCGCAAACGCGCCGUCAAAGUCAAGCACGUCAAGCGGCGGGAGAAGAAGUCGGACAAAAAGAAGGAGGAGCGGUACAAGCGGCACCGGCAGAAGCCGCGGCACCGGGAGCGCAGCCGGCACCUGGAGCGCCCCGACGCCCGCGACCCAGCCGGGCUGGGCCAGUGCCUGGGCCCCGGCUGCACCCGCCCUGCCCGGCCCCCCUCCAAGUACUGCAGUGAGGCCUGUGGCGUCAAGCUGGCCGCCAACCGGAUCUAUGAGAUCCUGCCGCAGCGGAUCCAGCAGUGGCAGCAGAGCCCCUGUGUGGCGGAGGAGCACGGGAAGCGGCUGCUGGAGCGGAUCCGGCGGGAGCAGCACCAGGCCCGCCUGCGGCUCCAGGAGAUGGAGCGGCGCUUCCACGAGCUGGAGGGGCUGAUUGCCCGCGCCAAGGGGCACCCACCCCGCGAGGACGAGGAGAGCACGGAAGGUGACAGCGAGGACACGGACCUGCAGAUCUUCUGCGUGUCCUGUGGCCACCCCAUCAACCCCAAGGUGGCCCUGCGUCACAUGGAGCGCUGCUACGCCAAGUACGAGAGCCAGACCUCCUUCGGCUCCAUGUACCCCACCCGCAUCGAGGGGGCCACCCGCCUCUUCUGCGAUGUCUACAACCCCCAGAGCAAAACCUACUGCAAGCGGCUGCAGGUGCUCUGCCCCGAGCACUCGCGGGACCCCAAGGUGCCGGCGGACGAGGUGUGCGGGUGCCCGCUGGUGCGUGAUGUCUUCGAGCUGACGGGCGACUUCUGCCGCGUGCCCAAGCGCAAGUGCCACCGUCACUACUGCUGGGAGAAGCUGCGCCGCGCCGAGGUCGACCUGGAGCGCGUCCGCGUGUGGUACAAGCUGGACGAGCUGUUCGAGCAGGAGCGCAACGUGCGUGCGGCCAUGACGAACCGAGCCGGGCUGCUGGCGCUGAUGCUGCACCAGACCAUCCAGCACGACCCCCUCACCACCGACCUGCGCUCCGACCGCUGACCCCAAUAAACUGCUGCCCGUGCUGC